GGGUGGGUUGAUGACAGCCCCUGGCUCUGCAUUGCUGACGAAAGCUGCUUAGGUCCUCAGUUGCUAUGGCAACCAGGGAGAGCAGCCAGACAAAAAACGAGGCAAAGGGGAGGGGCUUUCAAGGGAGAAAUAGAGGAGAAAGGGCUGGAUGAGAAAGAUAGAGAGAGGGAGGGAUACAGAGCCGAUAAAGAACGCAUUGAGAGCAACAGAGGCAAAGCAAGUCUACAGACGGAGAUAAGGUCUGGAUAUAAAUGCUCAAUCCACUGGCUGAGGAAUAAUAACUACAGCAAAAGACAGGAGGAUACAGAGAAAGCGGGAAGCAGAGAGAAGAUGGAUGUACAAAUGGACAACAUGGACCCCCCGCCUUGUGAAUCCCAGUCGAGUGGAAAAAUCAGAAAAGGAUUCAAGCUGUUUGGCAAACGCAAGCCAGGUAACAUAUUUUCUAUUCGAAGCAAAGGGGAUGGAAAUAACAAGUCACCUGUUAACAGGAGCAAAACCUUAGAUGGAUUAUCAGAGUCCGCUGCACCAGAUUCGGAGCAGGAUCCAGACAAGGAGAAGGGGCAGGAGAUGAGUCAAGGAGAGAGGGAGCAGGCAGAUGAGGAGCCGCUUGGCGAAGAUGGCGUAUUGGCUGCCACCCCUGCUCGUACCUCCAUUUCUUCAGUCAGCUCAGCCAAGUCCCUCAGCUUCCUGUCGUUACUGAGGGGUGGUCGGAGAGGAAUGGGGGACCGCCGAGUCCACACCGUGUCCCAGCCAGUGGGUCGGCAACGCCGGGGGCUGAAGGGUCUCUUUGGCAAUGUUAAGUUCCGGUCAAAAGAUAAAGAGGACAAGGAGGAAGCCCCUCCAAGCCCACUUCUAAUGUCGUCUCGAGCCAACAGUGUGGAAAUCAUCAAAGAGGACCUCACACUCACCCCCAAAUCCCAGCCUCGUUCUCUGGACAGCUCAGAGACUGAGAGCUGUGAGCCCCUCAAGAGCACAGAAAAAACAACACAGGACCGUGCAGCCACGACUCCAUCAGACACCAUAACUCCCCAGUUGACAGCAGGCAAUGUGAGUAAAACUAAUGAGCAUGUGCCGCCUUUACCCUCCUCUAAACCACCCUUGGUACCUGGUGAUAACAGCCUGAGCACCUUGCUGGCAGACAUCUCCUCUCUCCUGACCUUUGACUCAAUCUCAGGGGGUGGAGACAUCAUGGCUGAUGUGGAGGCAGAGUGGGGAAAAGCCUACAGUGCCAUCAGUGCUAUGGUGACUGAAGUCACGCCAUCAUCCACAUCUCUCUUCUCCAAACCCACCAUCUCCUCUCCGCUGACUUCUACCUCUGUCAGCACUGCUGCUAUGGCAAAACCCUCUCCUAUAGCCGUCCCCACAACAGCCCCAACCCAAUCCUUUACUGCUCUGACAAAGACAACUUCAACCUCGUCCCCCAUUGCCAAGCCAAGUACAAUCAUCACAACCCUGACUAAAUCUUCCACUUUGACUACUCAUUCAGUCAAAAUGAGCUCAGACUCUACUCAACCCUCUGAGCCUUCUACCAGCAUUAAAAUGAAAUCAUCUCCUACGCCCAUGCCAACAAAACCCUCAAUUGCCCAUGUAACAUUAACAAGCCUUUCAGCUCCAGUAAUGUCUUCCCCUUCAAUAACAGUUAAAUCCACACUGAGCUCCACCUCUACAACCACCACAGCUCCUCCGAACACCCUGGCGACUGUAGUCAAGGCUCCCUCAGUUAGUCCAACUCUUACUUCUACAGUCAGCAAAUUGGCUUCACAGAUUGCAGCGCCUCCUCAAAUUAUUGCUCCAGUAAGUAAAACUAGCCCUGUUGCUUCUCCUUCUCCUGCGUCAGCUAAACCUCCACCAGUAACCCAUAGCCCUCCCGCCACUGUUGCUUUUACUCAACCUUCACCUGCUAAAUUAGAUUCAGCUAGCAGUAUGAAUCUGCAAACUUGCACUUCUUACAAACCUUCGCUAAUUUCUACUGCAGGAGAAUCUAAAGCCCCAGUGACAGUAUCAGUGGCCUGCACCAAACCCCCCUCUCCUGCACCGGUUAUCCCCUCUAAGGUCACAACAUUUCCCACAUCAACUACAACCUCAGGCUCAGCAUCUGUGGCCCUUUCUAAGCCUAUACUCGCAUCUAGCCCAAUGGACUUAAAUAAAACCCCUCCUUCCAUCGUAACUGUUCCACAUCUUUGUCCUUCCUCUACCACGACUGCCACAACUAAACCCCAACCCAGCACUGCAUCAGUCCCUACUCCAUCUUCAACUUCUUUAGAUAAGAUUCCUCCCAUGACUAAACCCACUCCUGCGCCACUCUCUUUAGAUAAAAUGCCCCCUGAUCCCAUGCUGACCUCAGCCCCUACCACAUAUGCUGGUUUUUCUACAGCAUUCGCAACACCUCCUGCUCUGGGUAAGAUCCCAGUCUCCCAAUCUAAAGUCCCUCCUGCUCCUGAUCAGAUUCCAGUUUCUGUAUCUAAAGAUCUGCUUGCUCCUGUUCAAAUGCAAGUUUCUCAGUCUAAACCCCCUGCUACCCCUGCUCAAAUCCCAAUUUCUGUAUCUAAAGAUCUGCCUGCUCCUGUUCAAAUGCAUGUUUCUCAAUCUAAACCCCCUGCUACCCCUGCUCAAAUCCCAAUUUCGGCAUCAAAAGAUCCCCCUGCUCCUGCUCAUUUUCAAGUUUCUCAGUCUAAGCCCCUUCCUGCCCCUGUUCAGACCCUAGUUUCUGUACCUAAAGACCCACCUGCCCCGGCUCAGAUACCAGUUUCUGUAUCGAAAGACUUUCCUGCUCCGAUCCCAGUUUUUCAA